ACGGGCCAAAGACCGGUGCACCACCGCUCCGCUUAAUAGAACUCCCUUACUGUCAUCUCAGCCGCGUCUUGUUGGGCUAGUUAACCAGCUGAGCUGAAUCAGCUGUCAAGGGAAGUGUGGACUUUCCGGUUGCUAGCAGCUAACAUCUGAACUUUACAGAAUGGAUUCAUCAACUAAGGUGUGGAGCUGAGAACCACUAUGGAGCAGUCUGACCCAGGUUCUGCCUCAGACCUACCUCAAGGUUUAGAGGUCAACUCCUUGCCAGAAGGUUUAUCAGGAGUUAACGGGAGUGACCCAAUGAUGAUUGAGGAAAACAAUAUAUGUGCAGAAAGGGGGAAUGGUGUUGAACAGGAUAUUCUUGAGGUUGAUGGGUUGCAACACAAGAAGAAAAGGAAAAAAAAGAAGAAGAAAUGCCAGCAAGAUGGUGGCGAGGAGUCUGUCAGUGUGGACAUUAUCUGUGACAGUGAUUCCACCUCUACAGAAGACUCUAAAACUCCUGCUUUUAUAGAUGGAACGAUUGAAAGGUUGUCAUUAGUGUGGGAUAAAGCAGUGGGGUCUGAUGGAGUGGGUGACUCCUCACCAUCUAUUCCAGACAGAGUUGCAGAAUCUCCACCUGCUGUUGUCAGUGGAGAAACUGAGAAUCCCCCUUCUGCCUUAGAAUGCUCCUUAGAACCCUUCCCUCCAAAGGAAAACACCACCCUAGAUGCGGUGGUGGCCAGUGGCCCUGCUUCACCUUCCAUACCCAGCUCUGAUAUUGCAGACUCAGGAGUUUCCAGUCCUCAAACGAUGGUCCCCGCAAAAUCCAACUGUUCUUCCAGCCCUUACGACACCGAUUGCAGCCGCAAGCUCAUGUCUCAGAUCCAGCGCUCGGUCUCCCAGGAGUCCCUACUGGACGAGCUGGAACAGGAGUUACUCUCUUGCCAACUGCCCGAGAGGGGGAGAAGUGGGCAAAAGGGUGGAGGCCCUGUAAAUGGAAUGCUGGCUGACCAGGAUGGCUCCACAAUGGUCUUUGAAAAGUGUGUCCAGUACAAGUAUGACCAGCAGGAAAAGGCUAUUAAAAGGCUAUUGGAUGACAAUAAGAAGCACCAGGAGCUGAUCUUGGGUAUCUGCUCAGAGAAGGACACCAUGAGGGAAGAAUUGAAAAGGAGGGUGGAGAUUGAGAAACAGCACAUGGGCACAAUUAAGAAGUUGGAGGGCCGAUUGGAGGAGCUGCUGAAGGAGCUUAAGGAGUCCAAGGACAAACUGGUUAACCAGGAUGGGGCAGCUAAGAAUGCCCUGCAGCAGAUGCAGAGAGAGAUGGCCUAUCGGGUCGAGCAGGCAGGGAAGAAGUGUGAAGAGGCGCGUCAGGAGAAGGAGGCCAUGGUGAUGAAGUAUGUGCGGGGGGAGAAGGAGGCUUUGGACCUGCGCAGGGACAAGGAAGGUCUAGAGAAAAGGCUAAGGGAAGCCACCAAGGAGGUGGACCGCCAGGCCCUCAGGGGAAACCAGCUCGCCCAGGAGAAAGGCCGGCUGCAGCAGCUCUAUGAUGCCAAGGAUGGAGAGGUGAGCAGGCUGAGUCGGGAGUUGGAGAAGGUCAAAGAGGAGGUCAACUCUCACCUCAUCAAGGUCAAAUGGGCGCAGAACAAACUGAAGAGUGAGACUGAUGCCCAUAAGGAGACUAAAGACAAACUACGAGAUACCACCGCCAAACUGACCCAGGCUAAGGAGGAGACUGAGCAAAUCCGCAAGAAUUGCCAAGAUAUGAUCCGCACAUAUCAGGAAUCAGAGGAAAUCAAGUCAAAUGAGUUGGACGCCAAGCUACGCGAGACCAAAGGGGAAUUAGAGAAGAAAAAACAGGAACAGACAGACCAGCUGGAGAUGCAUCGAGCAAAGGCCAAGGAGCUAGAAGACCUGAAGAGGACAUUCAAGGAGGGGCUGGAUGAACUUACCACCCUGCGCACAAAGGUGAAGUGCCUGGAGGAUGAGAGGCCUCGUUGGGAGGAUGAGCUCUCAAAGUACAGAGAGAUCAUUAACAGGCAAAAAACUGAGAUUGCUAGACAGAGAGAUAAGUUGGGAGAGAUCCAAGCCCUGGAACAACAGCACCAACGGGAUGAACAAGAGAUGGCCAGUUUACGAGAGGAGGUGGAGAGCGUCAACAUCCAGAUUGGCGAGCUCCAGCGGGAUGUGCAAGGCAGCCGGGAGAGGGAGGCCGAGCUCCUUGGCUUCACAGAAAAGCUGAGCAGCAAGAAUGCCCAGUUGCAAUCAGAGAGCAACAGCCUUCAGGCGCAGUUGGACCGACUGAGCACCAACUCCAUGGAGCUGCAGGGACGACUGGAUGAGACACAGACGGCACUGGCAGACCAGACUCACCGUCUCCAGAAGGAGGAGGCCCUGCGACAGGAUGACGUCCAGGCCCUGCAGGCAGAGAGGGCCACACUCCAGUGUGAGAUGUCUCAGCUGAAGACCCGCGUGGAGGAGCUGAGGGACGAGCUGCAGACCCAGAAGAGAAAACAGGCGGCCAACAUCAAGGACCUGACGAAGCAGCUAACGCAAGCCCGCAAAAGGCUAGAGCAGGUGGAGAAUGGUGGCUGUGACCGGGAUGUCAGCAGCAUGGGAAGCCGUUCCAGCUCCUCAGGGCCAGGGAAACUAGAACAAAGCAUGGAUUCCUGUCAAACAUUGUUCUUAGAAGGCAUACAGGGCUCCCUUAAUGCAAGGCAUGGUAGCGGCGUCGAGGAGCGCUCCCCGGAGAGCCAAUCGGGCCCCACAGUGGUGAUGGUGGACAGCUACCCCGAGGUGGACAAGGCUGUGCUGGUGGAGCGCAUUGUACGCCUGCAGAAGGCCCACGCCCGCAAGCAGGAGAAGAUUGAGUUCAUGGAGGACCACAUCAAGCAGCUGGUGGAGGAGAUCCGUAAAAAGACAAAGAUCAUCCAGAGCUAUGUGCUGAGAGAAGAGUCAGGCGCCCUCUCUUCAGAAGCCUCAGACUUUAACAAAGCCCAACUGGGCAGGCGGGGUGGCAUCAUGGCAUCUCUGUACACCUCCCACCCGGCUGACAGUGGCCUGACCCUUGACCUCUCCCUGGAGAUCAACAGAAAACUGCAGGCCGUGCUGGAGGACACGCUGCUCAAGAACAUAACGCUCAAGGAGAAUCUUCAGACAUUAGGGGCAGAGAUUGAGAGACUUAUCAAACAGCAACGAUAGCUGGAGGACAUUGCUUGGAGCUAGUGACAAUUGAAAGACAACAGUGUAAGAAAGAAUUGGAGGACCAAGUGAAGAAGGAAUGACAAAAACAACUAUGUAUUUUACUGAGACAUGUGCAUGCGCACACAGUGUCAAGGGGCAAGUGGAAUGUUUAACGCCUGUUCUCAUGCUGAAGACCCCUUUGUUUUAACAUUUUCUCUAUAAUGGGAUGAGUUCACAAGUCCUCUGACCAAUGAAUUAUCGUGCUCUUGUACCCAACACACUGCCCUUGGUAAAUUAGGGUUUUGCCUUGCUUUUUAUGGAGCAUUAGAGAGGAAAAACAAUCCUGUGAAAUGUCGAUUCUUGAAGUCCACAAGAAAACAAAGUCUCAGAACUAUGUGAACUUGAAUACAGAGUUCUGCAUUUGUCUGUGGAAAGUUAUAGUGGUACCUUAACCUUUCCCUACAGUAAACCUCCAUCAAUACCACCACUGCAUAAUAUAAUCUUCUUUCCUUUAGUUAUGAAUGAUUUAUAAAGUACACAUCAGACAACUGCUAAUUAGGAUUGUUGUACAUGCCCAGUUCUUAUUUCUCCCCCCAAAUUCUUUUUUGGGCAAUCUGCUGAAUGUGCAUUUGGAAUUUAUUUUGUGACCUGUAAUGCAUACAGUAGUACUCACUGUGAACCCAAAACUAGUGAAUACUACUGCUGUCAAAGUGCAACUUUUUAGAAGCUUGCCCACCAGGUACCUAAUUUUGACUUAUUCUCUGUAGAAAGCACUUUGUGCAGAUUUAAUGAAAUCACUCAUAUCUCAUGGCCAUGCAUAUCUCUGUUUUUGAUUUAUGACACAGUAUCUGGGGCCGGUCAGGUUUCACCUGUCUUGAUUUCAGACACCAAUGUCAUAGACUACUCUUGCCCAAAAUUGUCCUACUAUGAAGUAUGUACAUUUAAAAAAAAUUGUUUAGCUGGAAAAUGUAGGGACUGGUCCUUAGUCUGUAAUUUGAUGUGAUUAAUUUAUUUGUGUCAGCUCCAACAUUUCUAUUCAUUUAAAUAAUGUUAUUUUAAUGUUUUCUUUAGGGUUUCUCGUGUUUAAAAUCAAGCCCACUGCUCUCUCCUUUCUGUUUUUAUUUUUGUCAGUUUACCAUUCUUUUCUAUUCUGUUUGUUUUCCAUCCUUCCUCACACACUCCCUUGUUUUUACUUUCAUGCAUUCUUGUUUUGUUUUUUUUGCAGCCAAAGCAUUGUAGCUCAUUGAAAUGUACUCCCGAAGGCCGAGCCAGUUGGAAGGAGUCUGUGUAAAUAUUGUGGGCAAAAGUGCAAUUAUUUGUCUUCGUCCCCUUCCCCUUAUUGUAGAAUGCAUGUCUUCGGUGCGGUGUGUGAGAUGACUAAGUGUGCUUUUCAACUUUUACAAUGAUGCUUACCUGGCUGGGUUGUAGUUGUAUGACCUGUUAAACAAUACUAGAGGUUCUUCACUCAGAGUUGUUAGCAUGCACCUGAGGUACACUGGCUUCCAGCCAUUCAGUUUGUCCUGGAUGUGAUAAAGAUUUAAUUAUUCCUCAGACACAGCUCUCUACUUGACACACACAAGCAUGAUGUACAUUGAGUGUAUUGAUGAAGGACUAACUCUUCCUGUAUGUGUAUUUGUUGCCUGUGUAAGUAUUUUGACUGAAGUAUAAAGAUGGCCCCUUUGUUUCUUCUAACAUUGCUUAGCUGAGAUCUCCCCUAAACAAGCCCUCUUGGCCACCACUGUUAAACAAUAACAGGAUUGAUUUUUUCUGAUUAAAUAAAUAGAUUGUUGCAGCUUGUUGGUUUAACAGCAAGUCCCACCCUUAAAGUACUAUUGAAGGCUUAAGUGCCCAAAAGUCAGAUUUAGCAUAAGUAGCGCUAUUAAGGACUUUUUAAGUGGACAAGAAUGAUGGUUAAAGGUGUAUUCUUGGAUUUUUGGCCAUGAGUUGUAGAAAUGGUGCCUUCGCAGAAACUGGUCCCUGUAAAUUGUGUACAAUGUCAUGCAAAUCUUUAUGUUCCCAAUGUCAUCAAAACCUCUCCCUUUCUUGCAAUGUUAUGGCUAACUGAAGUUUGAUAUUGAUUCUACUUAGAUUAUGCUCAUAUGAAAUGUACUUAUAAGCAAACAUUUCUUAUUUGCAGGAUUUAGUAAAUUGUCACUUGUCAACCUUGAAUUUGACACAGGCAAUUUGAUUAGUCCUUAAGACUUUCAUUGUGAAAUAACGUACUAGAUUGCUUAGUAAGACAGUGUGGAUAAUGUGACACUUAUGGUAAAAAAGAAAAUGUGUUCUCUAUCGUUGACAGCAAAGCAUUACAAUCAUAACUCAUCUCAAUGCAUUCUGUAUCCACCAGAUUUGUUUGUAUCGAUACUUGAAAUGGGCUGGAAAAUGCUAUUUCAAAUGUGAAAAUGUACAACACUCCCCCAUGUGUGGCCCAAACUACAUUAUCACAACAUUAGAGCAAUGUUUGAAACAAUAGGGACCAUUCCACCAAGAGAUUGGGACUGAUCUGCAAUCACACUAAAAUUAAUAAUAUGAAGGGAUGUGUUCUGAGUGUAAAACUGACUAAAGUGAGAUGUAUUUUCUGUUGAUUGUCUUGGUGUGCUGUUUGAUUGAAUAUUCAUACUGUGAUUAUUAUAAAUUUGUAGAUAUAAUCUGUAAAAUUGUCAAUUGUUUUUAAGGUAAUGAUUCUGGAUUUCAUUCUGUAUAUAUGGUGGGAAUAAAAGAGAGAAUUCUCUUUUUCUCUUC